AUGGACCAAAGUGAGGAUCAUACGAUUACUGGGUCAGUUUACUUGUGUAUCAAGCAGUUUAAUGCUAGAUUAGGUGACGAGUUGAGCUUGAAGAUUGGGGAUAAGGUAGAGGUGUUAGCAGACGAUAGUGAGUACAACGAUGGAUGGUACAUGGGGAAAAACUUGUUGACAGAAGAGGUGGGGUUAUAUCCUAAAGGAUUUACUCAAAUAUUACAAAGCCAGAGACCAGAGCAUCCAUUAUUGAGGUCGCGUUCGAGGCGAGUGAUGAAGGGUAGUAAGAACAACUCACCUAACACCACCACAUUGAGUAAGAUUGCGGACUCAAUGCAGAAUAUGACGCUUAUGAGCGGAAAUGACUCUACUAAUGAAACUAAAGGGGAGGAUAGUCUUGGGGGAAGCGAAAUUAGCGGCUAUCAAGGAUCCGACCGCAAAGUAGAACAAGAUUCAGAACUUGGUCUUAACAAGAGUUCAACCAGCGCUUUGCGUAGUAAUUUGAGCAAUAAGAUUGACGCGGUGGAUGAUAAAGCACUUGAUCUCAGCCACGAACCAAAGACCGGCAAGUCAUCUGUGCAUAAGACCAUGAGUGAUAUCGAUAGGGCCUUGCAAGAGCUUCAAACUGAGUCUGAUAGUGCUAACACUGGCCCACAUGGUGAUGUUAAUGCCAAUCAUUAUGAACAGAAUUCCAGUUAUACAAAUACCCCAAAUGCUUCGGGAAAUCAUCAUCUGCGUAAAAUAUCAAGAGAUUCAUUAAUAGAGAAUUUAGAUCCAGCAGAGGCUGAGACAUGGACGCCACAACAGGUUUCCUCUUAUUUUGCAAUAGUAUUAGGAUUUGAUAUGGAGGUUGCAGGUAAAUUCGCUAGACAUAAAAUAACCGGGGCAAUUUUGUUUGAAUUGGAUUUAACUUACUUGAAAGAGUUAGAUAUUGACUCGUUUGGAACCAGGUUUGAGGUCUAUAAGGAAAUUGAAAAAUUGAAGCAAUUAGCCUCAAAGGCUAAAAGUGCCAGUACUUCGAACGUUAAGUCGGCUCAUAAAAGAAAUAAUAACAAGAAUUCCAUCAUUCAAGACUUAUCAGAUUCGGAAGAUAUUGCUAGCCCCAUUGAUUCUAAAAAUUCUUCCCCUUAUAAAUUGCAUUCAUUUCCUAAUAACUCUGAUGAAGAUACCAACAACACAACUUACAGUAAAUCUCAAACCCAAUUAAUGCCUUCAGCUAAUCUAGUAUCUUCCACUCCAUCAAAAAGAGAAAAUGCAAGAGAAAUGCAAAGAGGUCACGAAAGAAAGAGGUCACAAUCCAUGGAAAACAUUUCGGGUGUAUAUGGCGAUACUACAUCUCCUAUCGGUAAACGUAAGAGUGAUUUGUCUUUCAUGUCACCUAGAAAAGCACCAGAACCUCCAAUAUCUAGUCCUUUGAAUCAAAGCUAUAAAUUUGGUGGAAGUCCUAAUUUGCAAAGCUCGCCAACCGAACAAGGUGGCUUAUAUCAGACACGUACGAAUGCGUCAAGUUCCGGUUUGGGUAUCUCAGGGACUAGUAGACCGUCAUCAUCGAUUUAUGAGCAAUCAGUUAAUAGCCACAAUAGAAAUGCUUCCGCAUCUUCGGCGAAGAACCACCGCAGAAAUUCAUCCUAUAUUUCUGGUCACAGAAGGAAUUCUUCUUUAUUCCUGUUCAACAAGGCUAAUACUGAUGGAGAUAAGUUGAGCUCAAAGAACCUUUACAAGGAAGAGAUGCCAAAGGCGGAAAAGAGAAAGUCGAUGAUUAAUUCACCUACAAAGUCGUAUUCAAAUAAUACUGAUGCGACGCCAAAGUCAAAGAGAGAGAGUGAAUAUUUCAGCUUAUCUCCUAAUAAACACUUCGUGGAUAUUGACAAUGCUAAUUUAUCACCUAAAAAGCUGAGAUCGAUGACAUAUAAUCUUGAUGACAAGCCAAAGAAAGAGCUCGAAGAGAAGAGGUCAGCAUCGGAAUCAAACCAAGUUUCGCGUUUCAAGACGUUGAGAACAGCAUCCACCCAGAAUUUCCGUAAUUUAAAGAAUCUGAAAAAGCUGAAGACUUCUGCUUUUACAGAAGGAAUUAGAGAAAUUACCCCGGACGAGGCUAUUAAGACAGCAACAUUUAGUGGUUGGAUGUCCAAAAAAUCUGGUAGUACUUUGGGUUGGAGAUCUAGAUACUUCACUCUUCAUGGAACGAGGUUGCUGUACUUCACCUCUUUACGUGAUAAACGUGAAAGGGGCUUGAUUGAUAUUACAGCACAUAAAGUUUUACCGGUAAGUACAGAUAACGAGAAUGCUGUUGCCAAUGAUAAAUACAUUGCGUUAUAUGCAUCAUCCACUGGAUUUGGUAGAUACUGUUUCAAGUUGGUCCCUCCAGCCCCUGGUUUUAGAAAAGGAUUAACAUUCACUCAGCCAAAGACUCAUUAUUUUGCUGUUGAUUCUCAAGAAGAGAUGAGAGGCUGGCUUAAAGCCUUAAUGACCUCCACAAUUGAUAUUGAUGAUACUGUACCAGUUGUAAGUUCAUGUUCUACACCUACUGUUACUUUGAGCAAGGCCCAAGAAUUGCUUGCUAAAGCUAGAGAAGAAACAAAAUUAAAAGACGAGGAAUUAAGAGAGAAGGGUUACGGUAGAGAUGGACAAAACAAUGAACUGCUGGAUAGCUAUUAUUCUCAAUUUGUGAACGAAUUCAGUAAUACUUCUGGGGAGAAUUCUCCUAUGAUCGAUUCACUUGACGAAUCGACUUUAUCUUCGGCCCAUAACUCAGCUCCAAAACUAACUGUCGAUACCUCGGCUAAGAACUACAAAGGACCUACUACUCCUCAAAUAUCACAACCCGGAUUUGCUUCCCCUUAUUUGCUAGCUUCAGGUGUAUUUUCCCCUAAGCUGACAAAUAGUAAUAAUACUGGAUCUUCACCUGGUACUCCAAAACUGAGUCUGAACCUGAACCUGAGACCUAAUUUGGACUAUUUCAAUGAUUCACAAUCCAGCAAUUCAGAAAUUACCCCUAAACAACCAUAUAGUAAUGGGAGAAUCAUAAGUGGCUCGUCAAAGAAGAGAAAUAAUUCUGAAAAGAUGUUGGCAUAUAGCAAUGAUGGUUCGGGUAAUCAUACGUUUGUUAUUAAGCCAAAAAAAUGA